GGUAGAGGCGUGACCGACGCUGUCGCUCGCUCGCCGGCCGAUCGAGCUUAAGUGUUUCUUCCUCAUUGUGAGAUGCAACGGGAUCGGCUCUUCAUGCAACAUGGAAGUUCUUUCCAUGACAGUAUUAGAAGAAGUCAUUUUUAAUCAUCCCGUGUGAUUCAAACGAUCAAAUUUUACGCAGCUAGGACUUCAGGAACUUUUUGGAAACUUCCGUUUUCUUCUUAAUUUUUUUUCUCUCUCUCGCUUUCGUUUCAUUAUGGCUCUGUCUCAAAUCCAGUGCCUGGACGAUCACAACGUGAACCCCCGGACAAAUGAGUCCAAACCGGACUUUUUGUACAGUGAGGACCAGAGGCUCGCUCUGGAGGUUCUCCUCCGCGAAGGUCGCGAGCCCUUCCACAAGUUCGUGGAGGAACGCCAAAUACGGAGCUUCCUUUCGGACCUGGAGCAGGAAACGCUCACGAAGACCAUGGAGCCUUAUGACCCUGGUUUAGACAUCUUCCCGGAGGAUGCCGAGGAAAACGAGGACCCGUUGUCGCAGCACUACUGGCCCGACUUAUCGGACAUGUCCAUCCCGCAGAUGGACCUGGGUUGGCCGCAAACUGAAGCUUACCGCGGGGUGACGCGCACCACCGUGUACACGCAACCACCGCUGGAGGGUCAGACGCACAUUAAGGAGAUUGUCAGAAGGAUGAUUGCACAGGCGCAAAAGGUCAUUGCUGUUGUAAUGGACGUCUUCACCGAUGUUGACAUCUUUAAAGAUUUGAUCGAUGCUGGCUUUAGGAGGAAGGUUUCUAUCUAUAUCUUGUUGGAAAGCACAUCAUUACCUCAUUUCCUGUCGAUGUGUCAGCGAGCCAACAUGCACGCCGGACAUCUUAAGCACCUUCGGGUACGCUGCACAGAAGGAACAGAGUUCUACACCCGCUCCUGCACCAAGGUGAAAGGUCGACUGGGGCACCGAUUCAUGUUCAUCGAUGGAGACAAAGCCGUAUCUGGAUCUUUCAGUUUCACCUGGAUGUCCUCACGACUGGACAAAAACCUGGUCACCGUGGUUACAGGCCAGGCAGUGGAAGCUUUUGAUCACGUCUUUCGCCAUCUUUACUCCACCUCGAGAUUUGUUGAUCUCCAGCAAGUCCCCAUGGAUCCAGAACCUGAGCGUGAACCCCUCCCACACCUUGAACCUGUUGUCCUUUCUUCUACGAAUCUAACAAAGAAAAUGUACAACCCCAAAUAUGCUUUACUCGGAGAAAAUACCAGCGCUACCAGCCCCAAAGAGUCCCAGACAACAGAGGUGCCGGAUACGAAGAAGAGAAGGCGAGGAAAAGGAAGUAAAGAACCCAUGCAAGAAGAGGAAUGCAUCCAUCCUGGACUUUCAAAUCUAGAGAAGGCAUACUUGAUCCCUUACUUGCCCACCUGGCCCGAGCCUGACCCCUCGAGCGACGUUAUCGGUUUUAUAAACAUCAUGGAUAUGAACAGACCGACUCAAGUGCAUCUGCAACGCUCCGAGAGGUUUGAAGUCAGUCAAGCUAUUCGCUUCAAAGAUCCUUUCACCAUGCCCAAAGAACCCAUGCCAGAGGUUGCUAAACCGAGAGAGACUCAUACGAAAAUCGAGGAGAAGACAAAUCCUCCACCAUCCCAAGAUCGGAUCCAAGUUCAAGAGUCGAUAUACGAUCGGUUGCCGCACGUGGAUUCCACCGGUACAAAAGCUGACAAACUUGACCUUCACUCACUUUCACCUGUUCACGGUAUACACUCAAUUUCAUCAACAGGUCAAAAUGAAGCUCAAGCCAGGUCCAGCAACAUUGAACACAUCCGUGAUAGUACCGGUAAUCUCGAACCCGCCUCCGAACAAAGGAAAUCGUCAGAAAUUCGGACUGCUGCCCAAACCCUUAACCUGCCGAGCCCCGCUGACUCAAACUCCAGAACAGAACACACAGAAACUAAAACCACACAUCCGGUGCAAGCUAAUCAUACAGAGUCAUCACAUAGCACCUCGAAAAGUCACACCUCCCACCCUUCCUCUUCCUCAUCUUCAAGCUCAAGUAAUCAAACCCUGAAAACCUAUAUUACCCACCCGACGACCAAAGACAGGAAUAUCAGCAACGGCCCGAGCACGCCAAAUAGAAGCACUCUUCAGAGGUUGAACAGCCUGACCAAAGAUGAAGAAGCCAUCCACAAGUCGGCUGGAGAAAUCAAGUCUGCGCCUAAAAUGCCUGAAAAUAGUAACAGAAAAAUGGGAUUGCAGAAAGAUGACACAAAGAGUGACGCAUUCAAGAAAAACCAAGAGGAUAAACAAAAAGAAACCUCUGCAGACAAUCAGAAUAAAAAAUCCGUUGGGCUACAUGAUCGAAAGGGAGGAACUCAAGUGGUCUCGGGGAACAAAAGACAAAUCCAGUCAGAUGCUUCUUUAGCACCAAAUAGCCAAAACGUGAAUACUCCAAAAAAUACUUCAGAUGACGUAAAAACGCUGAGACCAGCCGACUGUGAUGGAAGUUCAAAGACGGUAGACGACCUUGAAAGCAAGGCUACAUCGAAACAGCUCACCGAUCCCGAUUCUCGUAAAAUACUGAAUGAAAGUGAAUCCAACAAGAAAACGUACCAUGUCAAAGAAAACAACCCCCAACGAAUAGCUUACAGUCAAAGUUCCCCGUUGACUAUGUGGGAGCGGAUCCAAGCCGCGACGAUUGAGACGUCUACCGACAGGACGGACGCCGCGUCGACAAAGUCUUCUGAUAAUACCGCAAACUCGGCAAAGAAGAGCGUCAGGAGACUCUCGCAAGACUCCCCGCGAUCUCCGAAAGAACAAACGCCAGAGAAAGCCGUCCAAUCGAAAAAGCGGGAACUACGGUCAAGUUCGGCCGUCAGACGCCCUUCUGCUGAUUUGCCUUCACGUAUUCCGACAUUGGAGACGACUGUUGGGUAUCGCCCGAGAGCUCAAUCGAGAGAUCGCUCGAGAGAUUUCUCGAGAGAUCGCUCGAGACGUCUCUCGAGAGAUGACUCCAAUCGUUCCUCCACCUCUGAGGAGUAUGUCGAAUGUAGCGACUCGCCAACCAAAGAGUUUGAAAGACACGGGAAAGCGGAUACCGACAACGACGCGGAAACAAACAACAAAGCUACGUCAAGUUCUUUAUUCCGAGACUACACCGCGUAUGUUGCGUUGUUUGACAACAAAACCAAGCCGACCUCAAGCAAAGAAACGCAAGGUCUUGAGAAGAAAGUGAAAACAAGGGAGAAGGAGGACGUGAAAAGUAGAGAGAGCGGACUCAGAAAGACGUCCAAUCGAGAUUCCAAAGGGAAAGAGAGGUGGAGUCUUGACGAAUUAAAGUCAAAGACUUUGGUGAAAGAAAAGGAAGCCCAAAACCAAGCUCUCGGGAGAAAGUCGAGAACUCAGAGGGGAUCGGGAUCCGGCAAUGUGGACAACAGAGAUGGGUCGGCUAAAGAAGUCGCUGGUCAGAACGUAUGACGGCUACGUUUACAUGCGCUCAAUCAAAUCCGUUUACAUGCGGACACAGUUAUACGUGGGGUUUGUCAUCGAUUGGAUGAAGUCACGCAAAUAGAUUCUUACGUUCUACCGUCAAUAAAGCACGUUAUAUUCAUGUCACAGGAAAAAAGCAGUUUGAUUUUGCACCGUGGCGGAUAUUUCCUUCCUGUCAAUAACUUCCUUGGAGAUCCUAUUCAGGUUGUACAACAAUGCUGACGCUAGUGUGCACCAACGUUCUCGUCUAAAGCAAACGAGCUUCUUCCUCAUUCCCCCGAAAGCUACCUCAGCGCAGGAACUGAGUAGAAACGAUAAAGUUGAAUUCCGUAUUCCGUUAUCCCGUAUGCUACAUUGAGUCUUCGAUUAUCCGAGCAGGUUUCGGUGAUGUGGCAGAAAACCGGACGACUUGUCAACUUGCUUCCAGAGAUGUUUUAGUUUUAUUCUCAGGGCAACCAAACAAGGAAGACUUUUGAAUCCAGCUCCGACAGUUAAUUAGAUGAACUUGCUUUUCCGUCACACUGUCUGACUGGUUAAGCCAGACAGUUCAGCGACAAGACGACACGCCUAAGAGUUGUUUUCAAUCGCUCCAAAACCAUAAUGAAGACGGCGACAAAUGACAUUGAUUGAUAUUUGUUCGCACAUUCGCAUCAAUAACAAGUUGCUUUUGAAAGUCUUGUCACAAGAUAACAUUUAAAAACCAAACAGGAACAUUGUAUUGUUUGUUUUUGUGACUAUUGGGCUAUUUUCCAGUCGACGCUUAUGGUGCACUUUACAUUUAAAGUACAUUGAAGGUAAAUAUUCUGUUUUACAGAAUGUUCUGUUACUCUGCUAUUGUUAUUACGCUACGUGCGAUUUUUUUGAAAUGAUUUAGUGACUUAAGAAUUCAAGUUGUGUUUUCUUUCUUGUUACUAUUUAUAUAUUCACAGUUGUCUUGGCAGAAAAAGAACGUCUAUGUACAGAUAAAAAGGCAACGUUUGAGUUUGGAAGUGCGGAUCUGUCUUUGUUUUCAGGACAAAUAAAGCCGUUGAAGACGUCAAUGAAA